CCCUAGUUCAUCAUCAAUGGCGACCACAGACACCAGCGUGACUGUUCACGGCGAGUCUCGCAAGCUCAUCAAGAAGGACGAGGAGGCCUCCAACGCCGGCUCGGGCCAGUGGAUGGACGAGCAGCGCACGUCGCUCGUCGCCUACGAGUACCUUUGCCAUCUCCAAGAAGCCAAACAGUGGAUGGAAGCAUGCAUCCGCGAGGAGCUGCCUGCAACCAUCGAGCUCGAAGAGAACCUGCGCAACGGCGUCAUUCUCUGCAAACUCGCUCAGUUCUUUGCGCCCGAAGGCUCCAAGCCAAAGAAGAUUUACGAUGCAGACCAAGAGGUGUACAAGAACCAAGGCCUCAAGUUCCGCCAUACAGACAACAUCAACCACUGGUUUAACGGAAUGGCAGCAGUGGGCUUGCCCAAGCUGUUCUACCCAACCACUCCCGAUUUGUACGACAAGAAGAACCUGCCCAAGGUCAUUUACUGCAUCCACGCGCUGAGCCACUUCUUGUACCGCAAGGGCAUUGCGCCAAAGAUUCUUGAUCUUGUCGGCAAGGCCCAGUUCACCGAGGAGGAGAUUAGCGCCAUGAACAAGGCGCUGUCCGAGUAUGGCAUUGAAAUGCCCAGCUUUGGCAAGAUUGGCGGCAUCCUCGCCAAGGAAAUGACCGAAGACGACGCUGCCAUGCACGCUGCCAUCAUUGCCAUCAACGAGGCUGUCGACAAGCAGGUCGCCCCAGACACAUUCCACGCCCUUCAAAACGGCGCCGCCAACAUUGAGGGCACCGAGGAGCGCUGGCAACAAGAGUACCAGGAUGCGCUGUUUGCCUCCAAGAAGGCCAAGGCGGAUGCGUACGACCAGAAGCAGGGCGCCGAGGGUGCCGACACUGCCUCGCAGGACGUGUACGACAAGCUGCUCACCAAGAGCCAAAUCCAAGAAGUCAUCCUCGAUGUUCACCACCAGCAGGCGAUCGCUGCCAUCAACGCUGCCAUUGACGCCCGCGAUGAGCAGGGCCUGUCUGCCGCGCUGGUCAAUCCCCACGCCAAGCUGGUCUCGAUCAAGGCCGAGUAUGCCAGCUCGUACCUGCCCGCGCUCGUUGCCGCCAAGGCUGAGAAGGCUGCCCAUGGCGGUGCCUCGAUUGCACCUGCCAAGUCGGUCGACCAGCUGUCGGACGACCACGUCCAGGCUGCCGAGCAAGUCGCUGCCGCUGCCGCUGCCACCAGCGCCGCCGCACACGCUGCUGCCAACGAGGCCGCUGCCGAAAGCUCUGCCGCUCAGACUGCCGCCGCCGCCACUGCUGCCGCUCUUGCCACCGCCGAGGCCACCGAAGGCGAGGAGCGCGAGAACGCUGUUGCCACCGCUGCCGCCGCCGCUGCCGAAGCUGCUGCUGCUGCCGAAGCUGCUGCUGCUGCCGAAGCUGCUGCCGCAAAGGCAUCCGCUGCCAGUGCUGCCGCGUUCGCUGCUGGCACCAACGCCACGCUCGCUUCGGAGGCUGCGUCGGCCGCCAAGAACGAGCACGCCUCCAAGGCUGCCCACGCUGCUGCCGCCGCCAAGGCGAGCAAGUCGUCUGGCGAGCUCACCCAAGAAGAGAUUCAGCACGUCAUUGUUGAAACGAACAAGAUUCGCGAGCGUGAAGACUAUCUCAAGGCCAACGAGAAGCACAUCAUCACUGGCCAGGCUGGCAUUCGCGGCUUCCUCGAGCGCAAAAAGUUCAACGACCAGAAGACGCACUGGAACAACAACCUGGCUGCCAUCAUCCGCAUCCAGGCUUGGUACCGCGCGCGCAAGCAGCGCAAGGCCUACCUCGACCGCCUUGCCUUCCUCAACUCGCAGGUUGACGCUGCCAUCCGGAUCCAGGCACUUGUCCGCGGCUUCCUGCAGCGCCGCAAGUUCAACCGCCGCCUCGAGUACUUCCGCGACAACAGCAAGGCUGCCGUCAAGAUCCAGGCCUGGUGGCGUGGAAUCCUUGCCCGCCGCGUCUUCCGCGACUUGCUCAAGAACGCGAACGUGCCCGCCACGACGCUGAAAAAGUUCCUGCACCUGCUCGAUCAGUCCGACUUGGACUUUUCCGAGGAGCUCGAGCUCCAGCGUCUGCGUGCAAAGGUUGUCCUGCUCAUCCGUGACAACCAGACGCUCGAGAAGGAACUCAACGUCAUGGACAUCAAGAUUGGUCUGCUCGUCAAGAACGCCAUCAACCUCGAUGACGUUGUCAAGCAGUCCAAGAAGCUCAAGAAGCGCCAGGAGGUUGACGCCAACAACUCUGCCGGUCUCAAGGCCCUGUCCAAGGACAACCGCACGCGCCUCGAAUCGUACCAGCACCUCUUCUACCUUCUCCAGACCAAGCCGCACUACCUCGCCAAGCUCAUCUACGUCAUGCCCCAAACCAAGACGUCCAAGUUUAUGGAGAAUGUCAUCUUCACCCUGUACAACUUUGCCCAGAACGCCCGCGAAGAGUUUUUGAUGCUUCAGCUCUUCCAACAGGCCAUUGUGGAGGAAAUGGAGCGUGUCACCGAGCUGAGCGACUUUAUUCGUGGCAACCCCACCGUCAUCAAGAUGGUCGUCCAGUACAACCGUGGCGCUCGCGAGCGCCUCUACUUGCGCGAGCUGCUCCAGCCGCUCAUCAAGGAGAUUCUUGACAACCCCGACCUCAACCUGAACACGUCGCCCAUUGCCAUCUACAAGGCGUGGAUUAACAAGACGGAAAUUGAAACCGGCAAGGCCUCCGAGCUCCCGUACGACGUGACCAACGAGCAAGCCCUCGAGCACCAGUACGUCCAGGAGACGUUCAAGCAGCACCUCGACCACCUCAAGGCCAUCACGUCCAAGUUCCAAAACGCGAUCGUUGGUGCGCUGCCCCGCCUGCCGUACGGUAUCCGCUACAUUGCCAUGCAACUGCGCAAGGUCUUGCACUCCAAGUUCCCCGACCUGCCGAGCGAGGAGAUCACCAAGAUUAUUGGCAACCUCGUGUACUACCGUUACAUGAACCCGGCCAUCGUCGCUCCGGAUGCCUUUGACGUUGUUGACGUUGCCGUGCAAGAGUUGCUUUCGACCAACCAGCGUCGCAACCUUGGUGAGGUUGCCAAGAUGCUCCAGUUCAUGGCCAGCCGCACCACCUUCCGUGACGCGUACGACUACUUGGCCACCCUCAACCCCUUCAUGCUGGAGGGCUAUGAGAUUUUCAAAAAGUACUUUGAGCAAGCCUCCACCGUGCCCGAGGCUGCCGAACACUUUAUUAUUGACGAGUAUUCCGACCUCACCAUGCGUGCCAAGCCAGUCAUUUACAUUUCCGUCAAGGAAAUCUACUCGACGCACAAGCUCAUCGAGGACAGCCUUGCCGAGCUUGCCCCCACAGCCGAGGACCCGCUGCGCGUCAUCAUGAAGGAGCUUGGCCCCGCUCCCGAGUUUGGCGAAGGCGAGGAGAGCAAUGCGGAGGCCUUUGGCGACAUCUCGCUCACCCUUACCAACCGCUUUGCGCUGCCCGAAGGCGACGACUCUGAUGUCCGUGCCCUCUUUGUGCGCACCAAGCACCUUGUCGUCAACAUUGUCCGCUGGCAACAAGGCAAGACGCUGGCUGCCAUUCUCAACACUCCCGCCUCCGAAGAGCAGGAGGAGCACCACAUGCAGUACACCAUCCAGCAGCGCGCCCAGCGCGAGCGUCUCGAAAAGACAGAGACCGAGGAAGAGCGCAAGCGUCGCUCCACUGUCCUGAAGGACAUGGACGCUGGCCUCACUCUCAGCGAGAUGAAGAAGAAGGUUUUGUCCAACGUGGCUGCUCUCGAGAAGGCUGGGCUUGUUUCGUCCAAGAACGAUUACCAAGACUUGCUCAACGCGAUUGCCAAGGACAUUCGCAACCAGCACGCUUACCGCAAGUUGCGCAAGGAAGAGCUUUCCAAGUUCCGCAAGACUGCCGCCAGUCUUGAGGAGAAGGGCAAGUACUUUGAGCAGCAAUCCGACUCGUUCCACGAGUACAUUAAGCGAUGCAUGGAGAACAUGGCCAAGGGUGUCAAGCCACGGCGCCGUGGUUUCCGUGCUCUGUUCUCCAAGAAGGUCGAUCUUGCUGGUCACCAGUUCGGCACCCAUUCGUACACUGCUAAGCGUUUGAAGGAGAAGGGCAUUAUUUUGGAGCUCGAGGGCGUCCCAGAGAGCAGCUGGGGCACUGUCAAGCUCACCAUUUCCUCCAACGAGGUGGGUGUUUUCGAAGUGUCUGCAUCGUUCAUGGGCGUCAAGCAAGACGACAUGGAGCUCCACCUCGAGGACUUGCUGCAGCUGCAGUAUGACGGCGUUGCUGUCAUGAAGCUUUUCAAUGCAAAGGUCAACGUCAACUUGCUGCUGUUCUUGCUGAACAAGAAGUUCUACAACAAGCACAAGUAAAACAACCCGACGCCGUUUUUGCUGUGUUUUCGCCUCUUGAGUAUUCUGUUUUUCAAAGUUUGCACCUAUUCAUUGUGAAUGAUGUGUCUGUUCAUGUUCUUAUGUGGUGUCGGAGACUAUCCUCUGGCUUUUUGUCGUUCAGUAUUUUGUCAAUUGUUUUUUUUUUUUUUUGGGUUGGUCUGAACCCCACUUCCAUGUGUUGUGCACCGUCACCAAUAAAACCAAAAUGAAUAACUUUUGUGAGCAAAAAAAAAAAAC